AUGAUUUCGCUGUCGACCUUGGGAUCAAUCCCUAUUGUCGCAAGGUCCAUUCGAGCAGACUUGGGGGCGAUCCUGAAGACGACGAUGCCCGCGACGAUCUUCAAUGAGCAUCCCACCGUCGGGGCUUUCCAUCGCCAUCUGCAAUUCAUCGCAGCAAGAGCGCCAGAGGCAGCAUCUCGGGACUCGCGUCUCCCGCUCUCAAUCGUCCUACAGGGCAACCCGUCGACGUGUGCAAAGACAAUUUUCCUACUCCCGGAUGGGAGCGGCUCUGGAAUGGCCUACGCGAGCAUCCCUCCCAUUUCCCAGUCCACCUGCCUUGUGGCCAUGAACAGCCCUUACCUUGAUCGGGCAUCGGACUACACCUGCUCGAUUGAAGAGAUUGCAGAACGAUGGAUUGACGAGAUCCGCCAGCGCCAGGCCAGGGGCCCGUACAUCCUGGGUGGUUGGUCUGCAGGCGGCUAUUAUUCGUACGAGGUUGCCAAUGCGCUGAUUCGCGCGGGCGAACGAGUGAGUGCGCUGGUUCUACUGGACUCCCCCUGCCGGCCCGACUUUGAGGCCCUCCCGAUGGAGGUAGUCGAGUACCUCUCCAGGAAUGGACUGAUGGGCAGUUUCGGUAUCAAGGGGGGCUCCUGCAUGGGUAGUCGAGCAUUUCCAGUCCACCAUACGAGGCGUGCGUGA